AUGUAUCAUGUGAUAAUGUGCGCAGGUGCGCACGCUCAGAAGGCUUCCCCAGAGGGCGCCCUUGCUGAUUGACAGCUGAUCAUAGCGCACGCUCAGAAGGCUUCCCCAGAGGGCGCCCUUGCUGAUUGACAGCUGAUGAACUGAGGGGGUUCCCCGGUUAAUUUCCGGGAAACCCCAUUCGCGAUUUCCAAUUCCAAAUGGUUCGAAUCUUGCUCAAAUUCGACAGGUCUAAACAGGUACAGAUACAGAUAUUCUAAGGACUUCCAUUUGUGGCCGGCCGGGUGAUCCAAAGUACCUACUCCUAGAACUACCAAAGAACCAUGGAUAAACAACCUAAAGCAGCCCCCUCAGCCGCAACAGGUUCCCAACAACCAACUGGAUACAUCGGGAACAUUGGUACAAUCAGCGGUAACAACGGCCCUGCUAUUGUUGGUGGAUGUGGAGUUAGUAUCCAUAAUUACAACUACCCGAUACAGAGACCAGGAGCGCCUGCACCCGGACCUCAACAGACACCAGGCCAAGAACCAAAAGGAGCAUGUUUAGAUGACAAAACUCUGUACGAGGUUGCUGAGAAACUUUCUGCAAAAUGGACAUCACUGGCACUUAAGGAGCUGCGUUUUUCCGCGACACAGGUUGAGACUAUCGAGAACAAAUACCCAAAUAAUUAUAUAAGGCAGGCUCUCGAUAUGCUUGUAUCAUGGAAACAGGCCCAGUCCUCCAGUGAUAAACAACAGGUGACCACGUUGUGCACAGCAUUGAAGAACAUCGGAAGAGAAGAUAUUGCCAAAUGUCUGCAGGGUUAAUACAGGCACAACGGCAACAGAAAUCCAGCCUAUGUAUCCCGCCGAGUCUACAGUUCCCGACAAGUUCCUGCCAAGUCCCCAUCGAUCCAGCCAGGCCAAGCCCAACCAAGUCAAGACUACAUACUCCCAGUGAAGAUGGGCUGCUGAAAUACAUGUACUAGUUUUCUCUUAAGAUUUAUUGUAUUACUUUAGUUUAUGUAUCAUCUUUUACUAAAAUCAAGUGCUCAUGCAUUUUCAUUUUGAAAUAUAGAUAUUUUUUUUGGGUGAGAACACUAUAUGAUAUACAGCUUGUGAAUUUUUUGUUUUCGCUAUUUAGCUGGAAAAGAAUAAAAUCUCAAUAGCAAACAUUAAGAAAGGCGUAAACUAGUAAAAGUUGAUUCUAUCAUGCCGGCUACAUAAUUGGUGCCUGAUGUGUGGUUUACGCUGUAUUUUUCUAUCAAAUGUUAACAUUCGCACACACCUUUGAACAGCAAAGUAGCGACGAAGCCCACAAAUUCUAUUUGAUAUUGUUCAUUUUCCAUAUUGCAUUGCCAUUCCUUUUACUGAAAUAUGUAUCUUUGUGGAGACAUCUCUUUGUUCUCGUGUACUAACAUUUGUGGAAAUCUAGUUUCAAAAUUCUACUUUUACCAGAAUAAAUUUUUAAGCUGAAAUUUGGACCAAAUAUCCAUUUUCAAAAAAAUCAUUCAAUUUUAUUAUGAUGUAAUUUUAUAUUUUG